GUAUCCUUUUUAGCAAUAUAGAUCAAGAAAUAGUGAUUUCUUACAAGAUUCUGAAACAAAGCAGUUGUUGUUGUUAGAGUUCCUUUUGUGGGGACUCACUUAUUUCACUUCAGUGAAGAGCGUGGACUUUAAAGUUUCAAACUUUUUCUCUAUUUUGUUGGGAAUUUAAUGGCAGCUGAGGAGAUUAGUAAGCCUCCAUCACUCCCUCCUUACCCUGAGAUGAUUUGGUCAGCCAUUGCAGCAUUGAAUGAGACAGGUGGCUCUAACAAGACAUCAAUAUCGAAAUACAUUGAAUCAAAACACGGGAACUUGCCGGCUGGCCACACAGCUCUCCUCGCACACCACCUCAAUCGAAUGACGGAUACCGGAGAGUUAAUGUUUUUGAAAAACAACUACAUGAAGCCAGAUCCCAAUGCUCCUCCAAGGCGUGGUCGUGGUAGGCCCCCAAAGCCCAAGGAUCCACUUGCACCACCUGCAGACCUGGCCCCCGCCAGACCGAGGGGUCGUCCACCAAAGGAUCCAAAUGCACCACCAAAGCCAGUGAAGCCGAAGGCUACCACUGCGGGAAGUGGAAAGCCAAGAGGGAGGCCACGCAAGAUGGCACGACCCACCGGAGGAAUAACCGGAACACCUACAGCUACGUCAGCAGUUCCAAUGACAACAGGUAGUGGAAGGCCAAGGGGUCGGCCUCCAAAGGUGAAGGCUGCUGCUAUGACUGAAGUGAGUGUUCAGAAUUAGGCAUCUCCUUCCAGUAGUGGUAAUAACAACUGAUGGACUAUGUUGUUUCUCCAUAUCCGUAGAAUUGGGCAGUUGUGCGUGUUCUUUGUUGUUAACAGUGGUGCGUGUUUCUGUGCAUGUAACUGCGUCUUGUCUUGUCUUCUUGUAUAAUUGGAUGAUUUUAGCUGUUGUUAUUGAGCUUUCUUGGUUUGUUGUA